UGGUCAUUUACCCUUGGGUUGGAUUAAGAGUAAGACGACAAAAUCUAUUCAUACUUUACUCAGCUUGAAAAGUGUUUGGAAACAUUUUACAACAAAAAUGUCUUUCCUGACCUCAGAUAGCGACAGUAAAAACUACAUGGAGCCUGAACCAUUUCAUGUAAAAAAGCUUGACAUACUCUGCAGCAAGUCUGUACGCUACCUUGUACUAGACUUUAAUGGCGAAGGAUGUUUUGGAAAAGUUGCCAAAUGUCUUAACUUAAAAACAUCUGAGAUGACGGCCAUCAAGAUCCUCAGAAAGGAAGAAAAUCACAUGACCCAGCAUGAAGUGGAAAUGCUGACAAAGAUCAGGUCUCUUGACCCAAAGAAGAAGAACUUGGUGAGAUUCAUCGACAAUUUCAUGUUUCAAGACGCAUCCUGCCUCGCCUUCGAGAUGUUGGACAAGAGCCUUUGGGACUUACUGGACGAGACCCUGACGCCACUAUCUCUUCAUGAAAUCCGACGGAUCGCACAACAGCUGCUUGUAGCCUUUGAAGCCUUGAAGAGUAUCGGCAUUAUCCACGCAGACCUGAAACCUGACAACGUAAUGCUUGUCAACCACCACAAGGAACCUUUCAGGGUUAAAUUAAUAGACUUUGGUUUGGCCCUUCCAUUGUCCGAAGUAAAGGUUGGAAUGUCAGUCCAACCUUAUGCCUACAGAGCCCCAGAGGUGACACUGGGCCUCCCCAUAUCUGAAGCUAUUGACAUGUGGGGACUGGGAUGUGUCAUGGGAUUCCUUUAUUUUGCCGUUAACCUCUUUACUGACGAAUCAACCUACCACAUGAUGAAAGCUGUUUGCCAACUGCUGGGUCAGCCAAAAGACCACGUCCUGAGUGCUGGGAAGAACACCUGGCAGUAUUUCAGUAAGGAACAGGGCUCGCCCAAUCCCAGAUGGAGACUAAAAACACCAAGGGAGUACAUACAGGCAACUGGUGUCCAGCCCCCAAAUCAAGUGUGGAUUUUCAAUCAUGGUAAACAUUUGGAUGCAUCAGUAGAGUGCUUUACAGAACUAGAUGACUAUACUGAGUAUGAAGACCGGAUGGCAUUUUUAGAUUUACUAAAACGGUUGCUUGAUACGGAUGCUCAGACAAGAAUCACCCCUGAACUAGCCCAAACACAUUGUUAUCUUACAAUGGUUCACCUGCACCAUGAGGACAUGGACACCAACUCUUAUGCAGAAGACGCCUUGAAGUUGAUGACCGUCCCCCCACUGGAUGAUUCCGAGGAAUUGCAUAAUUCUCCCAACGACACAGAAUCCGAAGUAGAGUCAACUGUCUCAAGCGAUGGAGUCACCAGCCCUUAUAGCUCCUGGCAUGAAGAUGCAGACCCUGCUGAACACCACUACAUUCAUCAAUAUGCAGAUUUAAGAGCUCAUCCACAAAGAGAGAAACUUUGGAAUUCAAGUGCUGAAAAUUCUUACAGUGACAGUUCCAGUUACAAAGAACAGGAUCCACAAAAAUACUCUAUGGAGCCAGACACCUCUUAUCUUUCUGAAGGAGAGUACAUUCUAAUUUCUGGUGAUGCCAACCUAUCUGACGGAGAGUACAUUCCAGUUACCGAUGAUGAAGAUGGUUCUGAUAAUGAGACAGUGGCCGUAAAUAUUAAACACAACACUGGAACCACUUCAACACAUAUUGAUGGACCUCCACCCCAGACUGACAUCAAGACAGAGUCACACACUGCAGUAAAGACAGAUCCACUCACAGAAAGUUCCAGUGAUGGAUAUUUACACACUGACAUCUCCAGUGAUGAAGAUGCCAAUGUUGAUCAAGACUGGGACGAAACUUUCUUCAUUCCUAAGAGGUUCAACAGAUCUGCGGUCACGUGAGACCUGGAAUCAAACAAUGCUGUAGCUCUGCUGAUGUGUCUUAUCAAUUCCAUUCAGACAUUAUGAUUUAUGAUUGUGAUUGGAAUUGAUAACAGACACAUCAGCAGAGCUGUGUGGGUUUCCCCCGGGUGCUCCGGUUUCCUCCCACAAACAGAUCAGCUAUGUGAUACACUGAUCUUUUAAAUUAAAAUGUACAAAUGAUAUAUAUUAUAAUUUUUUUUUUUAAGAAAAUAAGAAUGCUUAUUAUACACUCUUAUACUAUGAUUUAAGUGA